ACCCCUGAGGAGCUGCCCGGAAGUCGCGGGGCUGGAACGGGCCCGACGUGCGGGGCGUCUCGGGGUGUUCCCUCAGGGGUUACAGCUGCCAUAAUGGUCGCAUGAUUUCCUGCCACUGUGCUACCUGCUUUCCUUGUUAACUCGUUUUUACUGUUUGGUUGGUUUUUUGAGGGCUUUUUUUUUCCCUUUGUGAAAAGUUCCUGUUCCUUGAGGACGACACGGGAGAGGAGACCAGAACCCCAAGUGGUGAUUUUUGGUGAAGUCACACGUAAGGUCACUAUGAAGUCCCUGUAUGGUCAGCAGAAUUCUCCUGGAGAGGAAAUGACAUUUGUGUUCCAGGAAAGAGAGAACCCUCCUGCCACCAGAGACCACGAUGUGAAGGUGCAGGUCAGAGCCUGUGCUCUCAGCUGGGUGGACACAAAGCUCCUGUCAGAAAUUAAACUGAAGAAGGAACUUGUGCCUGUUGGGCGAGAAAUUUCAGGAGUUGUGCUGGAAGUUGGAAGCAAGGUGACCUUUUUUCAGCCAGAUGAUGAAGUGGUGGGAAUUUUGCCCCUGGAUUCUGAGGAGUCUGGUGUCUGUGAAGUUAUCCUGGUUCAUGAGCAUUAUUUGGUUCACAAGCCAGAGAAGGUGUGCUGGGUGGAGGCUGCCGGGACGGUGCGCGACGGGCUCCGGGCGUACACAGCCCUGCACUACCUGGCCCAGGUGUGCCCUGGCAGGAGUGUCCUGGUCCUGGAUGGAGCAAGUCCGUUCGGUACCAUCGCGAUUCAGCUGGCUCAACACAGAGGGGCCAAAGUCAUCUCCACUGCCCACAGCCUGGAGGACAAGCAGUACCUGGAGAGGCUCAGACCUGCUGGGGCCCGGGUGAUCGAUGUGUCCCAUGGGAAGAUUGACGUGGCCGAGAGCUGCCUGGAGGAGACGGGCGGGCUGGGCGUGGACAUCGUGCUGGAUGGAGGAGUGAGGUUAUUCAGUGCUGAAGAUGAACCAGCUCCCAAAUCUCAGCUGCUGCCUCACAAGCACGACAUCAUCACUCUGCUUGGGGUUGGGGGACACUGGAUAACCACGGAAAAGAACCUGCAGCUGGAUCCUCCAGACAGCCAUUCCUUGUUCCUUAAGGGAGCCACAGUGUCCUUCCUGAACGAGGAGAUCUGGAACUUGUCCAACGUGCAGCAGGGCAGGUACCUCGCCAUCCUGGAAGAUAUCAUGGAGAAAUUAUCAAAUAGCAUUUUCAGGCCACAGCUGGAUGAACCCAUCCCAUUGUAUGAAGCCAAAGUUUCUAUGGAAAUAGUUCAGAAGAAUCAAGCAAGAAAGAGACAAGUCAUCCAGUUCUGACACACAACUUGUGAUUUUCUCAGCUUUCUUUCUCAAAGACAAAGAAAUGUAUUUGUGGAGUAAAUCAGCGUACACUAGCAGGCAGUAAACAGAAUUUAAACAUUCUUUGUACCUCAGCACAAAUGGUCUAUGAAGCUCCCAUGACUUCAGAGUUUUUUAAUUCCCUUGACCAGAAUGUUCCUAUCAGCAGCUUCUAAAGAAGCAGCCUUGACAAAAAAAUCUUGUCUGCCCUGCUGCACUUACUAAUAUCAGAAACAUCUACAGGCAAACUCAGUUGCUGUUGGUUUCCAACCCUAAGAAAUUAAAGAGGGAAGAAAGAUACUUGGAUUAGUCUUUUUGUCUCCAACCCCUAUCAGCAGUUACCUUUACAGUUACCUUUUGCUUUUGCCUGCAUUGAGACCGAAUGCUACACUUAAAGAUACUAAUCCAUAUUUAAAAUUGUUAUUCAGUUGAAGGACUGGCAAAAUUACCAUGUUGGCAAGGGUGCCAGAUGGGAAGGACGUGGUACUGACAGCAGGAUUUCCCCCAGCUCUUUCCCUUCGUUUCAGCACUAAGGCAGUAAACCUGGUAAAUGCAGGAGUUCCCAAGCUGGUGGAAUUGCAGGAGACACGUUUGAGGCACUUUGUGUAGCUUGUUACCUUUGAUAUCUCACUUUCAUUUCCCCUCUUCCAACCUCGGCACAGCCCAGAUGUGUCUCUCCAGUAUUAUCCAUGACUGUGGCCCAUCUGAAAGUCAGCAGAGGGGAAGGAACUGCAUUUUGUUUUCCUUGAAGCAUGUGCCUUUCUACAAGCUCUAAUUCGAGAGCAAAAAUAUUUUUUGCUUUCAGCCAUGUUCCUCAAUUUCAAUGAGGAUCACUCAAACCAUAGACAUGGGCACUUCAGAGCAGUGCCAGCAGUGGGAACACUGCAGAGGAAACAGAUGAUCCAGAGCCACGCUCGAUCCGUCUCCUGUCGCUCACCGCACUGGGAGGAGGUUCUGGAUAAAUGAUGCACAGCAAGCCUGUGGAAUGAGCAGUAACUCUGACUGACUCUGCGUGUGCUCCCUGCAGCCUCGGAAAGGAGCGGUGCUUUGUGCAGGGCUGAAGCGGGCGAGUCCUCCGGGACUUCCACACCCAUUGUGAAGCCGUGCACCCAGCUGGGGAUUGAUUCCCUGAUGUUGAUCAGUUUUGAUUCAAUGUUUCCAAAAUACAGACGAUCACAGGAAACAAAUUGAAAAGUUCAAAAAGGCAAGAGCAAAAAGUGACAGAACUGUAAAUUUUUUAUUGCACAGCUUUUGUUUUAUUAGAUCUUUUGUCAGUAGAGAUGUUGCUAACUCCC